AUGGAAAGCCACCACUAUAUGGUCAAGCUCUGCAGAGCUUUGAUGAACUAUGGCGCCCCGAGCCAUCGGCUGGAGGAAUACAUGUCAACAACAGCACGCAGUUUGGGCAUCCAGGGCCAGUUUCUUUACCAACCCGGGUGCAUGAUACUGGCGUUUGACGAUCCACUAGGCCAUACCACGGCUGUAAAGCUUGUACGCACCGGCGGUGGGCUCAACUUUGGAAAACUGGAAGACGCAUACAGGGUCUACAAAGACGUCUUUCACGGUCGGAUGACGGCUGCACAAGGCGACCGACGCCUGACUGAGAUCGAAUUUCGUCGAACCGGCAUUCAUCGACGAUACCAGAUCGCCAUGUACGGCCUGGCAUCGGCUUCGGUGGGACCUUUCGGCUUCCAAGCCGGGUGGAAUGACCUCCUCUGGUGCUUCGGACUCGGCUGCAUCGUCGGCCUAUUGGUAGUCAAAGGCGUUCCGCGCUCCAACCGAUUCGCAAACUUCUUCGAGUUCAUGGCUGCUGCCGUGACAUCCUUCAUCGCCCGGGCCGUAGGCAGCAUCGACGACGGAGACCUCUUCUGCUUCUCUGCGCUGGCUCAGUCUAGCAUCGCUCUCAUCUUGCCCGGUUACAUAUUCCUUCGCGCAUUGGUGGAGCUGCAAUCAGGGUCCAUCCUAUCGGGCUCUGCGCGCUUGGUGUAUGCCGUAAUGUACUCCUUCUUCCUCGGCUAUGGUAUCACCGUGGGCACCGUAUUGUACGGGUUGAUCGACAGGGACGCCAUAUCAGAAACGACGUGUCGACGCCCAAUACCCUGGAGGUGGCAACCUGCGUUUGUAGUGGCAUUCACAUGUUGCUUGAUCAUCAUCAACAGGGGGAGAUGGAAGCAAGCACCCGUCAUGGUGGCGGUAUCGCUGGGUGGCUGGGCCGUCACCUAUUUCAGCACCCGGGUCGGCCUGAGCAACGCGCAGAUCAGCAGUACGCUUGGUGCGCUGACGAUAGGGCUUAUGGCCAACGGUUACUCACGGAUCUGCGACGGGUUCGAGAACAGGACGCUGAAUUGGUGGGAUAUGCAAGUACGAACACGGCUGCACAAGGUUAGGGUCUGGCUCCAUUGUUACUCUGGCUUCAACGGUCCCGCCGCCUCCAAUCUGACCGAAGAAUACUCCCCGCCAAGACGACGCAAGGACGGUUACGCCCUCGCCACCACCGCGAUGCUUCCAGCGAUCUUCGUCCAAGUUCCCUCCGGGCUCGCGGCAGGCGGUUCGCUGGUCGCCGGCAUCAUUACGGCGAACGGCAUCACCCACCCCGCUCUGGUUAGGACAGCAAUGGCCGCCGGCGUAGAGCAGAACGCG